AUGAGUGACCAUCUUGGAUCCAAAGGCCCCAGGUCUCACGACCUCCAAGUAGACCAAGACACCGAGAAGCCACUCUCUGCCCACAAAGAGCAUCUUUUUGACCAGGAUCAUGUUGCAGUUGACUAUGCUGGUGCGCAUGCGAAGCUUGAUCCGGAGGAAAUCAAGCUUGUGAAGAGACUGGACAUGUUCAUCAUGCCAACCUUGUGGAUAAUGUAUGUCUUCAACUACCUCGACAGAAACGCUAUCGCCCUUGCGCGAUUGGAUAACCUCGAGGAUGAUCUUGGACUUGAUUCGACCCAAUACCAGACCUGUGUCAUGGUCUUGUUUGCUGGUUAUCUCUGUGGGCAAAUCCCGAGCAACAUGCUUAUGACUAAGGUCCGACCAUCGUGGUAUAUGGCCGGCGCGAUGGCUGUUUGGGCAAUAGUAUCAGCUCUCACUGCUGUGGCCCACGAUUUUACAGGUCUGGUACUCGCAAGGUUCUUUCUCGGGCUUGUAGAGGCUCCAUUCUAUCCAGGUGCGCUGUACAUGCUUUCUCUUUUCUACACUCGUAAGGAGAUCGCCACAAGAAUGUCUGUCCUCUACACUGGCGCACUCGCAGCAACGGCCGUCGCCGGUUUGAUCGCUAUUGGCAUAUUCGAAAUGUCCGGCGUCGGUGGCAUAACGGGAUGGAGGUGGCUAUUUAUUAUUCAGGGCGCGCUGACCUUCGUAAUUGCCGUUGUCUCAGGCUUCAUCCUCCCAGACGAACCUCUCAAGACCAAAUGGCUGUCGGAAGCACAACGCCAGUUGGCCCACGAUCGAAUCCAUGCCGACACGGUUGAGGUCAGGGAGAAUAGCUCUGCCUUGAGGGGACUGUGGGAAUCAGUCAAAGACGUGCGAUUAUGGGUCUUCGUUCUGAUGCAGCACAUGCAUAUCGCGGCCGGUGCUUACAAGAAUUUCUUUCCUACCGUGAUCCAGACCUUGGGUUACGGACGGACCGCUACAUUGGCACUGACAUGUCCUCCAUACUUCAUUGCUGGAGUCACAUCUAUUCUUUGGGCAUUGAACUCUGGUCGCAUGAAUGAAAGGACAUGGCACAUCACUAUUGCAAAGUCCGUGGCAAUCAUCGGAUUCGUCACAGCUUGCUCUACUCUGAAUACAGGAGCUCGAUACUUUGCCAUGUGUCUCUUCUCCAUCGGCGUAUAUGCUUGUCAUAGUAUUAUCCUGGGGUGGGUGGCUGUGACUUGUGCACAAACUAAAGAGAAGAAAGCCGUCUCUUUGGCUGUAGUCAAUACGUUCGCCACUCUUUCUCAAAUCUGGACGGCGUAUCUAUGGCCAUCGUCUGACGCACCACGCUACACAAUGGCAAUGUCUGCUAGCGCCGCAGUCUCGUUUGGUGCCCUAGCGCUCGCCUGGAUCAUGAAGUUCAUGCUUAUCUCGGCCAAUAAGAAAAUCAAACAGAGCAACAAUGAGGCGACUUUGCUGUAUGCUUACUGA